CUAGCAACAAAGGUGACCUUUUCGGCCGCUCGUCAAGUUUCUCUCGUGAUCGGGUACAGCGUGUCUGCCGAAGCAGCGUUUGCGCUAAAUCUUGAAAUUCUACUGCAGAAAACACAGUCAAGAUGAUCGCGCGACUCGCCUCCCAAAGGGUGCUGCAGUGUGUUUUGAGGCAGUCCCGCAGCGGUGCGCGCUCGUAUCACGCCCCUUCCGAGUUCAAGCAGGUUACCAUGGCUGACCUGCCCACCUUCAUCGGGCCAUGGGAGGAGAACUUCAACAAGAGGCAGGCCAAGUUCAACAUUCAUCUGGCCUUUGGCGUUGGUUUCUUCCUCGUGAGCCUCGUCACUGCGUCGUCCCUGGGUACAUUGGAUUAUGUUGAUGCCCCGCCUAUGAAGAACUAGAUUGCCUGCACAAAUGUAACUUCUUGUGGGUUCAAGUAAUAAAGUUUGAAUUGUAAUGAU